GGAAGGCAGGGCUGAUGGUACAGCAGCUGCUUAUCUGUCUGUGUAUCCCUGAGCCUUAAACAAAGGGGGUACCCACAGCUGCUGCAAGGUAGGAAGAGGUGGGGAGGUCUAACAGAGCUGUGUAGCUCCACUGAGCUGAUGGAAGGCAUUUCUGCAAUGCCAGAAAGGUGUUCUAAAUUUGCAGAGAAACUGAAAGGCUUGAAAGAGAGUCAGCUCUGUUAGAUGUUUUGUGUGAGUGGAAUUUUUCCCCUAAUCACGAUACCGGGUGAUCUCUUGCAAAGAAAGGGGAGCGAGAGGACAAGGUGUGAGGCAGGAGGCUGACUGAGAUUUGUAGUAAAAUUACAAGGAUCUUUGAGGAAUGCAUUGGGUGAACGAGAAGGGCCAAGUUAAAGGCACACAGUGGGGUCGAUAGUGGUGAUAGAGGUCAUGGAGAUGAAAACAGGAAGGGGAUAUGACGAUGCAAUCAAGUUUGAUAAAAUGGGAGCAGGGGGAGUGGGAGUGCUGCUCCGGCUGCUCUGGUGCUGCCUUGCUUCCUUUUGCUGUAAGAACGAAAGGUUUGUCUCUCUAAAACAAAGCAACAAAGCAACAAAGCUGGUCAGCUUAGAAGCUUGGACCGGUUAGGAUCUGAUCUGUUAUUUCAUUUUUAAUUAACAGACCGUAGGCUAUACGCUUGCUACUUCCUUUCCUUUGUAUGCAGAAAUUAAUUGCAUUUACAGUUUUCCUCAUCUGUCCUUUGAUAUUGUAACGUCACAGACAAGGACAGUCUUUUUAAAGACAAAACUUCUAAGCUACUUCUGAGGAAAAAGGCGAGCUUUCUGAACUCUUUGAUGGCUAUUGAAAUAUUUUACAGCUGUCCUACAAACUUUCCUUUCACUCUGGGAAGGAAACCUUUAAAAUAUGUAUAAAACAAUUCUAUAGGUGCUUAGAAAAAGUACUUGUUUCAGUGACCUCCAAAGAAAAUAGAGUUGGUUCUUUGUGUUCCGGAUAGUGAUGGAAAAUUCUGAAUCUGAUUGUUUUUAGUGCAAGCUGAAGUUACACUAUUGUCACAGUUUCUGAAGCAGGAAGGCUGGGAAAACAGGGUUAGGCAAAGCUAGGCUUUCCUGAAAUCACUUCUGCUAGUUCUACUGCUAGAGCAGAAAUUCUGAAUGUGGGCUUCUCAAAAUAUGUUUGUUUGCUCAGAAGGGAGCUGGAGGGUUGUUUCUGGUUAUUUGUUUUGAAUGUGAAACAUGCUGUCUUUAUGCCGCUUGCAGUGUAAUUAAUGUAGGCAUCUCUUUGUAAAUCAGGCAGCAAUGGCCAUCGGAAAUGUUCUAGCAUGCAUUUGCUGCAGCUUAUUUACUUUGUGACACGAACACAAAGCCUUUCUCUGGCCCUUAGUUUCUGGCUUGUUGAUCUUAGAUAAAUCAGCUAACUGCUUACUUUUCCCUUUCUCUUUCAUGGAAGUGGAAAAAACACUGCAGAAAGCCAGGUGUGUACUGCAGCCUUUUUGAGAAGGGGAAAUGGAGGCAUGAAGAUCAGCAGUGAUCUAUCAUGGGAACCUAAAAGGAAUCCAUGUCAAAGGUGACAGUUCAGCUACAAACCUAAGUAAUAAAGGCAAGGAGACGAACAGAAGAUUUAGGAGGAAACAAGGCAAAAGCCCUGCAGCUUACUGAUACCUGUUAGAAAAGGCACUGCCUUGUAGCUGAUGGGGAGCUACAGAUGCAAAUUACAGGGUAAUAAAACCAGGCUGGUAUUUUAACAGUAAUCUUAAUGCAUCUGGAAGGCAGCGUGCUGCUUACUGCCUUUGGCACUCGCUGGGCUGCGGGUGAGGAGCACCUGCUCGUGGGAAACGGGGGCUGUGAGCAGCAUCGUGCUCCCAGGGAAAGGGCUGUGGUGUGCCAUUGCCAAGGAAGCUUGGAUAGCUGGGGUCAUCAGCUUUGGAUUCUCAGGUCUGUUUCUGACCAUGGCCUUCUGGAGAAUCUGCUUUUUUUUUUUUUUUUUUUUCCUAGAAAAAUCCUGUUAUGCAUAGAGAAGUUUGGCCUUUUCCCCUGUGGAGAACUGUUUUGUUGUACUUGGAAGUCUAAAUGGCAUCCGCCUCCUUAAGCUGUCAAACACUUUACUGCCAUGUGAGGCGUGACCCCUUUCUCUAAGAGAAAUUUGCACAAAAGGUGAACGUGGCGCUCCAGAUGGCUGCAGGGCCAUGCUGUCAGCCAACUGGUUGCAUUCUGCGGGCUCCUUGUCUGCUCCCCUCCCUUGGCUUGAUGCACCGCAGCUGCUGGGCUCGCUUUCAUUGUGCUAAGCGGGUGUUGGACUGAGCAGAUGGUUUGGCUGCUCAACUCACACAGGGAUAGUUUAUCUGCCUGUCAUUCUCAUGCAUGUGAUGAUUUCUUACAGGUCUCUUGCAGGCUUAAAGCCUCUGAGGAAGAAGUGGGAAAGGAGUGUGUGAAAUGGGGCUCUGGCUGUUCUGUUGCAUUGAGAAGGCUUGGCUGCAGGGCAAUUGUGAUUCCAUCUCUCUUGAGUAGGUUUAUGUUUGACCUUUAAGGUGUUCAAAUCCAGAGUGCUAUUUGGGAGCAAACUUAGCAACAGUUAGUUACUUCUAUGAAACACUGUUCGGGCUGUUGGCUGUGCUUUCCUAUGUAUAAUAGAAAAUGGGACUGGACACGGACAGGGCCUUGGGAAGCUGUCCAGACCCACGUCGCAGCUAAAUGGUUCCCUUGGCCAGUUAUCCUGACAGGCGACCUGAGAAGUUAGCCAAAACUUCCCUGCUUAAUGCCCUUUGCAGGAGGCAGAGCAGGGGAGUGCUGCAGCUCCCAGCCCCUGCCCACUGUACACUGAAGGUACAAAGCCCAGGGUGAGAUGAGCAACUCCGGCAGCUGCUUCAUCCUCUCUGGGCUGUAAAGCAAAAGGUGAGAGACCAGACAGGGAGCACCUGCAGAUCACCACUUGGAUUUCAUAGAGCAAGGUGUUCGGAUCUGGUUUUGUUUAAUUAGCGAUAUGUUGGUGUGUUUAGGCCAGACCUCUGCUGACCCACAGAUAACCCUUUUGACAUGAUGUGUUUUGUGACAUAGCAUGAUGCUAUUAGAAAAAGGACUCAGCUGUUUAAGUAGCUAAGCUUUCUACUUAACGAGUAGAAUGCUUUUCCUGAAAUGUGUAAAAAGAUUGUAAUGCCUUGUCAAAUUUUAAUGGCUUGUUAAAGUUUUGUCAGACAGCUUUUUGAUCAUCUUCACAGAACAACGUUAUCUACAGCACUGAUGCACAGCUACAGGCUUUCUCAUCUCUCUGCUUCUAGUUCAGCUGCAUGGAAGCAGUGGUUACAGUCUUCUAUGCUAUAUUUUAAUGUGUUUUAUUACCUGUAUUUUUUCUGUAUUUGGGAAUGUCUUGCUAUGCACAGAGAGAAGUUUUUUUUAGUGUCAUGGGAGAUUUCUAGAGGAUAUCUUUAUUGUUCAUUUAUACCACACCAGAGCAAGCAGAGGAUAUCUUUACAGUUAAACUACAUAAGUUUUGUUUGUGUUUCUCUCUUUAGUUGCAGAUAAACAGUAUUUCCCUGUGCCUUCCCUCAGUGAUGUGGGAAAUGAAGCAUAGGAUUUUGGGGUAACAGUUCAGAGCAGAAACGGAAGGAAGGAAGCUUGAGAGACCUACCCACUUUGUUUCAAAGGGAGCUAUCCUUGUACAAGUACAGGAAUCUGAUGCUUGUUAUGAUUUUGUUUCUGCAUGAGCACAAAAAGGCUUCUUCCUAUCUCAGCUGAAAAAUAAAAGGGUGGUCUUGUCUUUGCUGGUGUUCAGUGGAGUCUGCUUGUUCUAGGAGUGGCUUGUGAGUAAGAAUGAGUUGCAGAGCUGAGCCUUGUGGGUGACCAAGGGGGUAAGGAGAAGAUCCAAGUGGCCCUGGUGUUGUGUAAUAGGUUUGCCCUUCUUGAAAAAGAGGAUUGCCAUCAUUAGUGUUGGAAGUGAAACAGCAGCUGUGUUGUUAAUGUUUCGGUCUUGCAAAUCUAGGGGGAAGGUGGCAGCUUGCAAGUCUCAGCGUUGUGUUUGUGAGGUCUUCUGCUGUGCUUACUUCCUGUGGUAUCCUUCUAAAAGAGUCCUGUUUCAGAGGUGAUCUGUGUUGAGAGCUCCCGUGAGCUGUCGUUGAACAGCUGUGGUGAACACAGGCGCUUGGUCCCAAGGCUGUGACCUGGCAGGACUGAGUGGGUGAGCCAUGCUGGGCUACUCGUCAGUCCUGCAGAGUUUGCAGUGCAUCUUGUACUUAGACCAGAUCUGCAGGAACACACACAAACAGGAUAAGGGCUUUUCUUUUCACUGAUUCUUCCAGCACUGAAGUCUGUUAGUCCUUGUGUACCAGCAGGGGAUUUUUUUUUUUUUUCUCUUAUAGCAAUAUUUCUGUGUAACAAGAUUCAAGCAAACGCUGCAGAGAUCUGGAGGAUGCUCUUGCUGCCAGAAUCUGUCACAUUCAUUGUUUUCAGAACUCUCCAGCAUGGGAUGUUUACUCAAAGUCCUGGCCUCCUUUUCCCUCUGCCACUUUGUUUACUCUCUUUUCCCUCAAGGUCUCACAGUAAUGGGUGCUCUGCUGUGGCAGUUCAAGGACACAGCAGCUGAAGUGCAUGGCUGUGAGACUCGCAGUGGGGCUGCAGCGAAUGCAGCCACUCCUCAAUCUGGCAGCCACAAGUUUCCCAUGUGAGCCAGCUUUCAAAAACACUGUUCUUGUCUGCAUUGCCCUGUCCCUGUCAGGGGCUUUAUCACCUUGGCAAAGUUCUCACCCCAUAAAAUGCUAGUGCAGGACAAGAGAUCAGCAAAGUAAGACUGGUGGUACAGAGUCCAGGCCUGUGUGAUGUACUUUUGUGUCUCUAGAGCAGCUGGAAUGAAGUGACAAUGGGGUUUCACAAUAGACCUAAAAAUAACUUGGGUCCGCUGCAUUUGGUUUCCAUCUAGCAACUGUACAUUCAUGUGAAUAUGCUUGCAGCCAGCACAGGCUAUUCGGUGAAACGUGUUCUGUCUGUACCUUGAACACAGAAUUUAGGCUGCUGAUAAUUUUUUCAUUAUUCAUCGUCACAAACGAAAUCAUUUCCAAAGGGGCAGAGACUAAUAGAACUUGAGUUGUGGAAGAGCUUCUCAGUUCCUUGUGAUCCUUCUUUGAAGUCCUUGACUGCUCUUUAUUAUCUUCUCAUUAUGCAGGCCUUUGCUUUUGGUGCUCUGGUAUGACACUUGCUGUAGCCUGUAUUAGUUAUUGAGAGCUAUGUUGGAGAUGGGAAAUCCCUGGGCUUUGGCCCUGGCAGCUGUUAGUGAAGAAGUGCUGAAUGGGAAGAGGCCAGUGGAAGGUCCUGUUGUGUUUCUGAUGUACCAAACAAUGGCCGCGGCUGUCAUCUGCUGCCACGUUUUCCAGAGCAAAGAAUGAUAUAAUGAAUUUUCUAGGAUGUUUGGUUUCUGCUCAUUCAGAUGAAUAUCUGAGUGUGAGCAGGCUUAUCCAUGGCAAGUCAAAGUCUGCUGGUGGUAGUGAUAGUGGGAGCUGUCUGUGCCAGGAGAGUUUGUUGUGUUUGUGCAAAAGGUAACACAACAAGGUCUGAGUUCAGUUAAGCUGAACUGGGGGUUCAGGAAUGGGCUGUGAAAUCUGCUUGUGUUUUAGCAGUACAUACAAACCUGAAUGUUACAGAUCACUCUCUUCAUGUUAGCUCAUUGCCUAGAGUGUUCAACAAAGGUAUAAAUGUUUCCUUGUAUACUUUUGAACUCCUGCAUACUAAUGUCUGCACGGAUACUUCAGCUUAGUCCAGCUUUCUGUUUGCUUAGUAAACAUCUGUCCCUGCCGGGAUGGAGGGUAAGAGUACUGGAACAGAAAAUCAGGUGGUGGUGUGGCAAAUGUGGGAAGGCAGUGAAAGGGAAUGGUUUGCUUUCUUUUGCUCUUCUGUAACACAGCUUUUGAGAAAGAAAAUCAAGGGUUGUAGUGGGGGACAGAUCAGCGGCCUGGGAACGCACACAAAAAUGACUUUUUUGGGUUUGAGGAUAUGGCACUUUUAGGAAGGAAGAAGUAAAUCAAAGGAUUUUGGUAUUAUUGUGAAAUACUUUGAUCUGCUACAGAGCCAGAGAAGUACUUUGCAUGUUGUCAUUAUUUAUUACAGCCUUAGUUCAAAUGAAGCUAGUGAUGGGAUGGGAGAAAAAACUUGACCAAAGACAAAAAUAUCCCUAAGGAGGAAACUGUACUUAUUUUAGGUGCUUAGCAAUCAUGUUUGACACCUAAAAACCUAUGAAAAUAGAAAGCAGACGUGAAAUAGUUGAGAGCCUGCAGCAAUCUAUCAAACUCUGGGACACCUGAAUCUGUUGCAGCAGUCACUGCAGUGCUUCUUGUCUAUUAAGAAUACCGUUAUCCCUUCCUUUUGCAGGCAAAGAGCUGCCAAAUCAAUACACACUCAACUCACCCAGGUAUGAAUAAAAAAAGUCUAUAGACGUAAUGAAAGGAGAAGUACCGUAGUUCUUCCGAUGUGCUUUUGGAGAGUAGGUAAAUAUCAUUUCCCUUUGCAGCUGAGAAGUGUUUACAAAAGACUGACUUCUCAGAAAUGUGCAUUGAGUCAAGGUGUGUAGAGCACUCAGUUAACCCAUUGCAUGAAUUAGAGCUGAUUUAAGCUCUUGGUUUCCUGACUCACCUGGUCAUUCACAGAGCCACGUUCUGCUUUGGUUUCUCACAGGGCUGCCUGAGAUGUGCAGGGCCAGCAGGGAUGUAGCAGUACGGCUUUGCUGCCUUUACCGGUCUCCCUCAGCAGAAAAUAGGUGGAGGGUAGGAGCCUGUUGGGCACUGGAGGGAACAUCACACAGACGUGCUUGUCCUGUUCUCACUGUUCCCAAAACACCUACUUGUGGCUGCUGUUGGAGUGCUGGGACCUUUGGCCUGACCCAUAUGGCUGUUCAUACAGCUCUUACGGUAAGGCAGGAGAGGUCUGUUGCCAAGUACUGCAGUCAGCUAGACGCUGUUUUAGUAUCAGCCGUGGAAAGAAUUCCAGGCAGCACUUUCACUGUUUGCUCACCUUUUAUCUUUGUUAAUAAGAGGUUUGUCUUUUGCCUUACAGAAACUGCAGCUUUCAAGCACACCCAUUUUGUUGUAGCUUUUGCUUUCUGCGGAAACAUUGUGGGUUUUUCUUUUCCAGGGCAGCACAGGACAGUACAUGUCAGUGGCAUUUGGCCUCUGGAAACUUCAGAUAAGUUCAGUACUUGUUGCUGUGUGGCUGCUCUUGGUGAUAGCAGCCUACUGCAUGGCUGCCUUUCCUGAGAGGCUGCCUGAAGGUUUUGGCUAUUCCUCUGCUUUGUGAAGGCACAGCCUGUAUGUUUGUGUCUUGAAUGCCUCUGUGAUCUGAGUCAUUCCUUCUGUGAAGGAGGGGAAGGAAGUAAUCAAACUGCAUCGGAACAAGAGGCAUUCCUGUGUUCUGUUCUGUCUUGCAGUGUGAAAUAGUUAACCUUUCUAAGGAACCACGUGAUUAGAUUUCACUUGCUUUAUCAAAUCAGCAAAUAUUAUCAAAAGCACAGCUCAACUUUGAGGCUCUGUGAGUAGAUGUGUGAAAAUCUGCAAUAGAAGCCAAUUAAUUACUGCUUCCAGUAAAGUUUUGCUCAGUGAAAGCUCUGUUUAGGAGCUCAGCAUGCAUCCCAUCUGUUUUCAGUAUCCAGUCAUACAAGUAGAACACUCGGAUCUCCAGUAGAAAUCUUUGCAGAGCUUAAGGAGCCUAAAUUUUUAUUAGCAGUUUUUAUGGGCCGCAUUAUUAGGUUUGGGAUCUGACCUCUGCAUGUGGUGGUUGUAGCCUGUGUGCGUUUUGGAAAUGGGGAGACAGCUCCUAGGAAGGUUAGAGAGACUGCUUUCCCUACAGCAAUAAAUGUGUGACAAGUUAUUUACCUUUUAUUUGAGCACUCCAAGGGACUCUACAAAGCGAAGGCUGAGGCUGUUAUAUUGUGAUUUUUUGCAAGUGGAAAAAACAUGAUUUGAAGAAGAGUCACAGGGAAGGGUCAUUUGGUGAGGGAGGACUUUUGUAGUAGAGGUUGUUUGUAGUGAGGUUCAGGAAAGUGCUGAUACUGUAAUUGUUUUGCUUGGGAAGUCACCGCUUGCUUUGGGACAUAAACCAUGUGGGUCUCUUUGAAAAUGUGUCCUUGGCAAGGGGAUCAUUUGUCCAGCUGUGUCUUAACCAGUGAGGGGGUGAACGAUGGGUGAAUGUCUGGACCGUUGUGCUGAGGGAUAUUUGGUCCCGGUGGUUCCUGUGAGCAAAGGGAUGACUUUAUAAGAAAUGCAGCUUGGAGGGCUGCCUGCAUGUAGUCUGGAGAGGCAGGAAGUACAGAAAAGCUUUAAACUGCUCCUUUCAAACUUCCUGUUCCUGAUGAGUAUAUACCACUAAGGAGAGAGAAAUCUGAAUGGCUGGAUGAGCUCUGAGGUCCCAGGAUCCUGUGCAGUCCCACUGACCGGGGCUGAGUGUGGGAGGUCAGGGGCAGAGGGAAUCCUGCUUGUCUGCUGCUACUGGCGGUUGUUCCUGUGUGAUUUGUGUUUGUGCACGCUGACUUGGUUUGCUGUGCCCCCAGGACACUACUGCCCCCAAAUACAAUGUGCUCAGCAAGAGUUCUCAGCUUUUCUCACUUUUCCAAAAGCUUGGAAACAUAAUUGUAUCAUAAUCACUAUGACCUGCCUAUUCAUCCCAGUGUCUGACUUAUUUCUUGAAUGACACCAACGUUCAGUUUUCAGUGCCUCUGAAUUUGUCUUUCUGCUUCCCUUAAAGGAGACACUGGAGGUGGGGGAGGAUUUUGAGUUUGCUUUUUGAGCAGUCAUAGUGCUCCAUUUUCUCAGUGCUCCUUCCACUCAGUGCACUGAGCAUCCUGAAAGCUUCUUGGCUUUCCCCUGCUUCUCAGCCUUCCAGUUUUCAGCAGUUUAUUGCUGAACAAAUUGCAUUUUUUUCUUUUUUUUUUUUUUUUAUAGGCUUUGAAAGUGUUUCACAUUCUCUUGGCCAGGUCUGAUCUUAACAGCCCUGUGUGGGAACCAGGGCUCUAGGACUCUCCCUCAGCCUGUCCAAUCCUAAAUUGGCAAUGAGUGCCAUGUGGGAAAAGUGACACGGAUUCUGUGUCAUCGGCAUUAGCACGCUUCUGCCUCGUGUCCCACUUACUUCAGCCUCGGCUCACUUACACAGCCUGUCAAGGAGCUGGGGAAGUUUCCACAGCCUGCUGUCUGCUGCCUGGAGUUCUGUAGUGAAGUGAAACCAUACUGGGUGAACAUCUGAAAAGUGAGAACAUUUUUAGAAAUAUCCCUUCGUUUCCUUUUAUUUUUUUUAAACUGGAAAACAGAAACUAUCCAAAUAUUUGAGUCUCUAAAUAGACACUGGCUGAAGGACGCUGCAGCCUCCAGGUCUCCUGCAGAUUUGUGCUGGCCUUUAUUCCCCUUCAGCCCAUGCUGUCUCAGCGUUUCUCCAGUGCUCCUUCUCAGCUGUCCACAAGCCUUCCACUUCCUGUAGCAGCUCUUGCCCAUGUUAUGUUUGGAUAAAACUGCAGUGCAAACCCCUUUUGCUCGACUGACCUAAUGGUGUGUAAAAAGCUGUCAGCAUUGAUAUGGCGAUGCAUGCAAAAUGUGGAUCUCUGAGUGCUGUUCCUGCUGAGGAGGCUUCAGCGUGGACGUGGAGCGGAGCCCACCAGGCAGUGCUCGAGACCCAGCAGUGCUGAGCCGUGCUUUCCUCCACCAGUGGGAGGUGCAUCCCUGGGUGCAAGUGGCCCAGUGGGAAGCUAGUGUCUCCAAAAUGGAAAAAUUUUAAAGGCUUGAAACUUCAGUGGAGAGAUAAAAUCCGUCUCAAUAACGCCAUCUGGAGGGCAUGGUACAUGCAGUACCUCGAGAAGCGGAAGAAUCCAGUGUGCCAUUUUGUGACUCCCCUGGAUGGCUCUGUUGAUGUAGAUGAACAUCGUCGGCCAGAGGCCAUUGCAACAGAAGGAAAGUACUGGAAACGAAGGAUUGAAAUAGUCAUCAGGGAAUACCACAAGUGGAGAACAUACUUCAAGAAAAGGUUACAGAAACAUAAGGAUGAAGAUCUGUCAAGUUUGGUCAGGGAUGAUGAUGUGGUUCUCUGGCAAAAAAGAAGAUAUGGCAGAGAAACCCCUGUCCCUAUGGAGGAGGGCAGCCUCUUGGAUGCAGAUAUGCUUAUGUCUGAGUUCACCGACACCCUGUUCUCCACACUGUCUUCUCAUCAGUUGGUUUCCUGGCCAAAUCCCAGAGAGAUAGCGCACUUAGGAAAUGCUGACAUGAUUCAACCAGGGCUUAUUCCUCUCCAGCCAAAUUUUGAUUUCAUGGACACUUUCGAGCCUUUUCAGGAUUUAUUCACACCUAGUCGUUCCAGUGCUUAUUUCCCUUCUGUGUCUGCUGUCAGUUCAGCUACAACAGACAGCAGCAGUCAUUCUUCUCAGUCUCCUGUCCUGCCAACGGGUUCACUGCCCAACACACUUCCAUCUGGGAACAUCAGCGAUGGACUGAUUGCUUCCUCAGUACCUUCACCUGUCAUUCCUGAUGUUGGCACUGACCAGUGUUCCAGCAUUAGAAGUGGGGGAUCUUUCAUCCAGCCAGCAGACUUUGCUCCUGACUCAUCUCUGAGUGGGCCACAGACUUUUUUGCCAGUGUUUCAGACACCUUUGCCACUGCUUCAACCUGCAGCACAACAGCACCAGUCCCCGUUGCCAGCAGUGCCUCUGAAUACUAGCCUAAGCUCUCCACCAUCUGCUUUUGCAGCACCAGAAACCCAGAAGUUUGGCCUCUGUGAAUCUACAGUUAUCACUCACACAGCUUCUGCAACGCUGACGCACAAUGCCCCUGCCACCACCUUCAGCCAGAGCCAGAACCUUGUCCUGGCAACACAGCAGCCAGGAGCAGGAGUGCCUUGUAACCUGGCUUUCCAGACUACUGUCCUGCAGGGACAGCCCCGGCCCCAGCUGCAGUCCCAGCUGACAUUUGCACUCCCCAAAGCUGUUCCCCUGGCCAGUGCUGGGACAAGGCCCAAACAGUCACAAAAAAUAGCAUCUGCUCCAAAGCCUGAAACAGUGUCCUUAUUGUUAAAGAAUGCCUUCAUCACCCCAGCUGCCUUUCAGGGACAGUCCAGAGCUGUGAUUGUAACUCCCACACCUUUAAAAAGAGAGGGGAUUUUGACGCCUGCCAUGCCUCAGUCUAAUGUUAAAAUUGCACCAGCUGGAAUUGCCAGAGCUCCUGGCGUGACAGAGUUCCGUAGUAACAUUCUGGUUGGUCCAGCACAGCAGGCGCCAAGCAGCCAACAAAGCCAGUCCACGGUCUCACACCUCUUCUCCACUAAUGUAGUCCAGGAUGUGCUGGUGAAAGGAGAGCAAGUUCCUUCCCACAAUAGCAGUUCACAAGUUCCCUCACCUACACCUAGCCGAGACUGUCAGAAUUCUGGCCAGGCUUCUCCCUGCACCUCAGAGCAGAGCCCCAGUCCACAGUCUCCUCAGAACAGCUGCUCAGGAAAACUUGCCACUGAUUCUCAAAUGGCUGCACUUAAGACUCAAAGAAUGAAGCGUACUUCAUCAGAACAGAAACGAAGGUUUAAUAUCAGGAUUGGCUGCAGUAUCCUGAACAGCUUGGUUUCAGUGAACUCCAAGUUGAUCAGCCAUGCAAUCACUCUCCAGAAAACAGUAGAAUAUAUCGCUAAACUACAGCAGGAAAGAACACAGAUGCAAGAGGAAACCAGGCGCCUUCGGGAAGAAAUCGAGGAGCUAAACGCUGCCAUCAUUUCUUGCCAACAGCGGCUCCCUGCUACUGGUGUUCCAGUAACAUGGCAGAGGUUUGACCACAUAAGGAGUAUGUUUGAUGAGUACGUGAGAAAUAAUACCCUCCAGAACUGGAAGUUCUGGAUUUUCAGCAUUAUUAUUAAGCCAUUGUUUGAAUCCUUCAAUGGAAUGGUUUCGACAGCAAGCUUUAAAGAUCUGAAUCAAACUGCAAUAGCCUGGUUGGAUCAGCACUGUUCCCUCCCUGUUCUGAGGCCAAUGGUGUUGAGCAGCCUUCGGCAGCUAAGUGUAAGCACCUCAGUUCUGUCAGAUCCAUCACGGCUGCCAGAGCAAGCCACUGAGGCAGUCAGCAGGACAAAUGAAACAGCUGGUGAGACCUAACAACCAAAGACAAGGAGUUACUUGUACAAGGGGUGGAGAACAUGCCAGUCUAGCAGCCUGGUGAGUCUCCUUUCAGUUGGUGCACUUUAGGAAGAAUUCUCUCCAUCAUCAAGACGUUGUUUGGAGUAUCUGGCUCUGCCUUCAGAAUUUGUUGAAGUGUGAUGCAACGUUGUUUGUAACAUCUUGAUUCCUCUUCAGUGCUGUACUCUACUCCGUUAAGUGAGAACACCAAGCUCAGGUAAAUAUAGCAGGAUUCAAUCCUGCAGGCAGCAAUAUAUCUCCAUCAAUGCAGCAUGCAUCUGUAUGCAACGAACAUCUUUCUGGAAAACAGCUUCAAGUGCUAAGUUCUCUGAAGUGUAAAUCUUGUACAUCAAAGAAUGUUCCCUUGAAGGGGAAAAAUACUUUCAGUUUUGGUAAACAAAAUGUGCUUUUUAUUUUGUUUUCUGGUGUUCAGUUCCAUUUAUUCUACUUGAAUGGUAAAAUUAAACAAGAUCAUGUUAAAAACCAAAGGAGAAGAAAAAUCUGUCAGUGAUGUCAACUUGUGGAAAAUACUAGAAUUAAAAUCUCAGGCUGUGUUUUGUGUAUUUUAAUUUUGAUGAGUGUACCAUUACAUAUGAUCAGCUUCAAAACUUGCUUUAUUUUCUAGCAAAUAAAGUAGUUCAUUGUUAUUAUUUUUCCUGAUAUAGCCAUUGCAAUAAGGUAAUAGUGCAGUAAGUGCAAGAAAGCAGUUCUAGCUUGCAGAUUCUGCAGUCAGGAUAGACACGUGAAUUUCAUAUUCAUUUAAUCUGUAAACUGUUUUCUUGCACUCUGCAGAGUUCAUCUGCCUUCCUCAUAAAAUGUGCACAUAUAAAACACAUCCAUAGAUAAAUGUCAUAGUGCUUUAAAGACAAAACUUCAGUUCUGAGCAUUAAGAAGUUGGCAUUUGUUAUUUCAGAAACUGUAGCUUAACCAUACCAGCUUAUAGUCAGUUCUUAGUUUCUUUUGUCUUCUUCACCUGCUCUUUUUGCCUUCUAUUUAAAAAACCUGAAGGACUUAGCCAGGCUUGGUCUGAAUGGGACAGUUAUGUUCGAUAUAAAUCUUAAAACAUAUAAAGAUAUGUUUAAAAUUGGAAAUACUGUAUAGCAUUUUUCUGUUGCAGUCUCUGCAAGUACUGUCCUUUGCUGUAGAUAAGCUGAGUCUUGUUACAGUUGAGGAAGUCUGUCCAUCCUUAGACAACACUGGGGCAUUCAGACUGGCCAAUUGUUCAUGAUUUGGCCUGGAACAAUCCUGUGACCCACGUAUUUCCACUCCUUACUUGAUUCCAGUAUUUUGGAGCUAUGCAAAGUAUGGGAAGAGUUUUCCUGGUACCUCCUCCAAGUAGUUUUCUGCCAAUUUGAAAAAGAGGCUGUCUGGAGGUGAUGAGCAGGCUAUCACAGUGCAAACAUGAAGAGUAGCUACAAAAUUUGGAUAUUACACAUUCAGAAAUGGUGUCAGUAGUACUGUGUUGAGCCCGAUCCUUCCCACUUACUGGGACGAACCUUUAAAAAGCAGCAGCAGGUUUUGGGGAUCAGGACUAGGCAUAGAGAGUGCUGAGGUUUUUUCCUUCUUGUUCUGAGAUGUUGCAGCUAUUUGCUUUCAUUGCAGAGUUUUCUUACGUGUGAGCAGGACUGUAACAAGAAGAAUACAUCAAAAGUUAGCCCCAGGGUCUGUUCCCGGAGCAGAGGUACUGUGAGUUGUGGAGUGGGGGAGCUGAAAGGGACUUCCAGGGGUGGUGAUUUAAUAAAACAGUGUAUAAAGACUGUCAUAGCAAUUAGUGAAUAGUUUUUCUAGGGAGGGCCCAUAUGCAGGUUUUUCAUGCCUUUUUUUGUCAAAUAAGUAAUACUAUUUUGGGUGCAUCUGGAUAAAAUGUAUUGGAACUAGAUGAUCUUUAUAAGGUUCCUUCCAACACAAGCCAUUCAAUGAUUUUAUGAAUUAAUGUGAAGUAAUUUUUUAAUCAGUACUUUAAUUCUCAUAUUUUUAUCACUGUGAACUUGAUUCCAGUGAAGUCACUUAACGCUGUGAUGUGCUGGGGAGCGUCCCUCAAGUUCUUUGCUGGGCUAUCUCACUGAGAUGCCAAGAUAUCUACGCGCAUAUUUGCAUAUUAAAAACACCUCAUUAGACAAAUAGUCCAGGAAUAGAUCCACUUGUAUUUUUGCUGUACUUUUCAGAUGCGUGUGUUCUGAACGACUCCCUUGCACUAUUCUCCUGCUUGUCAGGCAGUGAUUGUGCCUGAUUUUUACCAUGUUUUUACCCACAUCUGCAGUUGUGGUUACAGCUGUAUCAAUGACAUCUCAACAAGCAAAGUGUGCAGUGCAGCCAUGCCUCAAAGCCCAGGCAAGUAUGAUGACUUCUAAGCUUAGAUCUUACUGGUUCGAAUCUCACUGAAUGAAUUGGAUGUCAAAAGGGACCUUAAAGGACUAGGAAGGGUGGGAAGUAUGAGUGAACUGCUGCAACUUUUACCCAUUAAUGGUUUUGAUGUGGAUGGAAAAAAAACAUCACAUUCAUUGUACUGUGAGUUGGUUACAACUGGAGGGGGAAGUGCUUAUUUUAAUAAUUUCUGGUGGAGAAAAAAGUUCAUGUCACUUUGAAAAGGCCACAAAUCUUAACAAAGUGUGAAGGGAGAAAACCAAGUCAGAGAUUGCUUACUUAGGCAAGAGUGUAGGAGGGAGGGAAGGAAUAGUGAAAAGAUAGUUUCCAUGUAGUGCAGUUACCAGAAAUGAUGUGGUGACUCUUUGAAGCAGUGAUUCAGUGUAUUUUCAUCACCCAGUUAUUGCAAAUCAGAUUUUUUUUUCUCUUACCCGUUAGCUUUGUGAGGGUUGUGAUUUCACUUCAUAUGGGGACACAGGAGGAUAAAGCUAUCGUAUAUCUUAUCUCUGCACAUUAGAAGUACUGAGGAUUGGUAUGAAAAGUAAUUGACUGUGUAUGUGUUAAUUCUUGCCUGGGUUCCUACUUUGCUAUAUAUUUAAGCUGCUUAAUCUUUCUGCCUUCUGAUUGAGGACUCUAAAUAAUAUAUUUCAGCUUUAACAAAAACAAAACAAAAAACAAAAAACCAGAACAACUCAGUACCACUUUCUUCUCUGACUUAAGCAUUCUAACUUCCUGUGGAUCACCAAAGUACAUUAAGCAAGCAAAACACACUGUGCCUAUAGUCUACACAGAGUUACAGAUGAUGCAUAUCUGUCUUCAGUUGCUUGGUUCUGGACUUACAGAGAAUUCCCAUAUGAGCAAAUAUGACUCAUGUUCAGUCAAAUCCAACGUAUUUUGCUCAACAAGGGCAUGACUAGAUGAAGUAUUUCUUGCCUGUGAUACAUGCAAGGUCAAAUUGAGGUUGUCUAGUGGUGCCUUCUGACCUUGAAUUAUAUUAAUUGGUACCUUGUAGAGGGUCCCCUCCCCACACACAAGUUCUAGGGAACUUGUUAUCUGAUAAACUUAGAAGGAAGUGUAUAAAUCUAUUAACAGGAGGAAUAAGCAGGAAAAGUCCAGGAGCAAACUAUAAUGAAGAAAUUAGUAGUAGAGAUGGAGACAAGUCCUUGCUUCAUCUGGACAGUCUGAUCUCUGCACAGAAACUGGGUUCUCAACUAAUACCAGUUGAUCCAGAUGCUGUGUUCUUCCAUGCUUUUCUAGACCACCAGGGAAGCCAUUCUUCAAGGCAGGCUUACUAGAAUGCUACCACCUGUGCCUUAUAUCUUGGGGUCCUGUAUUCAUCUGAUAUAAGUCUUACAUUCUUACCCCUGAUUUGAUGCUACGUGGAAAAUUUGGUGAAAUGGCAGAGCAAGGAUUUCCUUGGUUUUAAGAGAGUGUGUUGCCUGCGUGGCAUUUUGGAGGUUGUGUGCUGAAACUGAGGUUGUGAAAAAUCGUGCAUGGGUGUGCAUAUGUAUAUAUGUAUGGAAAAAAACCACCUUAUUCUUGCUGACUUCUCUAUCCUUCUGUACACAGGAACACACCCACCAAAAAGUUUGACAAAAACCCGGUAAAGAUAAAGACACUUAAAUCUCUAAAUCUGGAAUUGCUUGAACUGUCAAAGGGCAGUCAAAUUGUGCUUGAAAAUAGCAUCCCUUUACUUUGCAUCCUUGGGUUUUUUAUGUUCUUUCUUUGCGUGUGUAUGCUUGUGUUCUCAUGAUGGAGGUGAAAGCAGUGGUUGCAUUUUGUUUGCUUUUGAAGUCUUAGGACUGCUGAAGAUCAGUUAAGAGCACGAGAGGGAAUCUCACUGCGAAAACAUUCAGUAACAUUAUGCUUUUUUAUUCCAAGUUAUUUGGAAGCUGUUCUAUGUCCAGCGGAUAAUUUUUUCUUGAUGCUCCCAGCUAGAAGAUACUGCUAAAAUAGAGUUGAUAGUCAGCUACUUUGACCUUUUUCUUUCUUUUCUAUUUACUGUGUUCCUUUGCACCUUUGUUGCGAGGGAAAACACCCAAAAUCUGAAGGUUUAGGCGCUUUAGGGCCUACCAGUCUCAGAGUAAUGUGGACAGGUCUUGAUGACUUGGAGAUUUUUUGAUUAGGUAAGAUAACAGGAGUUUUCCUAUUUCUCUGAAAUGGAGGUAUAUAACUUGAAAGAGAUCAUUUACUUUUGAAGGCUUUCUUGUAUGGAACCCCAAUACGGUUCCCACAACAUCAGCAAAGGCCUCAGCUUUCCUUUGGUUUCACUCUUGGAUGGAUUUCACGCUUAUUUUCUGUGUUAGAGCAGAAGUGGUAGUACCAAAUUAUAGAUUGAUCUGUAAAACUUGAUUCAAUUGCAAGGAAAUGCACCCAGGUAUAUAAUAGAAAGGCUUUCUAGCCAUUGUCUGAUUUGCUUUUAUAUCUGAACAUUUCCAACAUGAAUAGAAUUUUGAAUCAAAAGAUAUCAGUUAGAAAUAAUCCUCUUAAUUAACAAUAUAAUGGACAAAUUGCUUAUUUUCUUCUAAUCUUGUAUUUAAAUGUAUUUAAGUGAAUGGAGUUCAUUCUUGCUGUUCAAAAAAAAAAAAGUUGGAGGUUUGAGGACUUCAGGUUGUACUUUUGCUUUGCCUAGGUUUCCUGUUCUGUUGCAUGACACAACGUCUGUUGUGCUGUUGAUAUGUAGCACUUUUCAGUAGGUCUGUUAUUGUGCAAUGCAUUUUUUAUAUUUACAACAAAAACAAUAAAGGUUAUUUUUUGGAAGAAA